AUGUUGACUUUUGUCCUGCUGACCCUCCCAAGAGAGAUCCGGGAUGAAGUCUAUAGCCACCUUCUCCAAUGCGGUGGCCUCGCGAUAAUGCGGACUUCUCACCAAAUGAACCAGGAAGCGAGAGAUAUUCUUUACAGAAAGGCGGUCUACCGAAUGUUUUUCAAUUACGACGAACGUCCCCAAAACAUUCAGCUCAAUUAUGUAGCUGUUGUACAUAUCCAACAUUUCAGCCUUCAAUUCCAAAUGGCCAAUCUCACCAACAUUCGUCACGCCAACGAAAUCAAUACUCUCUGUUCUGAUAGACGCAUAAUGCGAAGAACUUGCUUAGUCGCUCCAAAUUUUAGCGUACAAACAUGUGCAGUACUGUCUCGCAUCGAUCUCGAUGGUUUUAGAAGCUUGUCCGUGUUUCAAUGUGUAGUGAUACAGGCUGUAGUCAAAGAGGGAGCGGCAGUAACAGAAGAUUCAUUUCUUGAAAAUUGCCGGAGACGCAUAACUAGGAUGUACGUCUCCUUGAGAGAGCAACUUGCGCCAGCUUUGGGGUUUGCAGACAAGCGCAAAGAAUAUCACCUCACUCGACGGCUUGUCUUCUACCCACGAACGAGGUCUUCGGCAACACCGACCAUGACCCCAGUCACGCACGAGGUCUACCAUUUCUAG